AUGAAAGUGAGGGCGAUUGGAAGGAAAAUUGCAGCAAACUCUUCAGGACAAGGUUUUCAAAACAUUGCAAUCUUGGCAGAACUGGACAAAGAGAAAAGAAGACUACCUACGCAGAACCAGUCUUCAACAAAUCAUCCUGGAGCUAGCAUUGCACUCUUGAGACCCUGUCUUAAUAAGGACUUGUGGGAUCACGCUGAGCCGCAGUAUAUUGCAGCCCAGCAGAAGGCAGCUUUGCAGCAUGCUCAUGCACAUUCAUUUGGAUACUUCAUAACUCAAGACUCUGCAUUUGGGAACCUGAUUCUUCCUGUUUUACCUCGCCUUGACCCAGAAUGAAGAAAAUAUUUGUGAUGGAAAAGUGACUUUGUAAUAUCAAAUGCCAAAGCUACAGUCAUUCAGUGCUAGAUGAACUGUGACUUUCAGAAUUUUGGUGAACUUUGAUAUUUUUUGUUUGUUAAAGGAAUGUGUAAGUGAAAGCGGAAAGAAGGGUAACCAGGAUGAUGAGAGCUGUGGAGGCUGUAUCGUCCAAGAAAUUGAUUAUGUACCGUAACUGUAACUUUUUUGUAAUGCUGUUUAACAGUAAUCAGACUCUGAACUGGAUGGUCACAAAAACAUUCCCCAACCCCUAGCAAGUUUGACUGAAUAUAUCAUGUCCACAGUAGAUUUCCAAGAAUCAUUUAUAGUACUUAACUUUAAAGAAACGAGUACUUUUAAAAAAUGAACCAAUAAGCUUAAAUCUGUUACAUCCAUAUUUGCUGUUUAUAGGAUUGGUGUCAGUGUACCUUUUGAGUUUACAGUCAACAUGUAUCAUCCUAAAAUAUUCUUUCUGAACUCAUAACUACUUCCCCCUUUCUCACUUUAAAACAAACCCCAAGAAUAAAUUACUAACCAGUCUUAACCAUCUUCUAUAAACAUAUUCCCUUAUAAAUGAUGUGAUUAAAUGCAAUUAAAAAUAAUAGAAAAAAAAGGAAAGUGAGAAUAGGAGAUUGUAAUAUCCAUUUUAACUGAGUGAACUUUUCAGAAGAUAUAAAAUGAAAUUAUAACAUUUAAAAGGAUUUUCAAAUUUUAAAUUUUUUUCUAUGUACUGCUUUAUAGACUAAGAAGGGGACAGCACAAAUAUUAUAAAUAUUUCAAGGAUAUUAUAUAAAGCAGUAAAAUUAUUGAACAUUAUAUUAGUUUGCUAGGGCUGCUAUAACAAAGUACCACAAGCUAGGUGGCUUAAACAGUAGAAAUUUGUUGUCUCAUUUCUGGAGGUUAGAAGUCUGAAGUCAAGAUAUCUCCAAAUACAGUCACGUCUGAGCAUGGUGGCUCAUGCCUGUAAUCCUAGCACUUUGGAAGGCUGAGGCAGGAGGAUUGCUUGAGCCCAGGAGUUCAAGACCAGCCUGGGCAACAUAGUGAGACCUAAUCUGUACUAAAAAUCAGAAAAAUUAGCUAGACAUGGUACCAUGCACCUGUAGUCCCCGCUACUUGAACGCUGAGGUGGGAGGAUUGCUUGAGCCUGGGAGUUUGAGGCUGCAGUGACCUAUGAUCAUGCCACUGCACUACAGCCUGGAUGACAGAGUGAAACUGUGUCUCAAAACAAAACACACAUAGUCAUGUUCUGAGGUACUAAGCACAGUGUGGGAGCAGGUGGGGGGCAAAAUUUAACCCAUAAAAAAGUCGUCUAAGUUUUUUACUACCUGAUUUUACUGCCUAAUGUUCUCUUUUCUAUAGAUAAUAUAUAUAUGAGAUUUCUUUAGAGAAAUAAAACAUCAGUAGAUUUCUUAAAGCAUUGAUAAUGAUCUCUGCAGGUAUUUUGCUAUAGGAAAAAUAAAAAUUGGAAUUGCUUUAUUUAUGAAUUACCAAGAUGGUUAUGAUUUGUAAAGCUUAUAUCAAAAAAAAUCUAUUUUGUUUUCAAAUUCAGAAAGUGAAUCUUAUUUUGGUUUUAGAAUAGCAGUAUUAUAAGAUAACUUACUGCUUUUGAAUCAAAUUGUCCAUGGUUAAAUUCCCAGUGCUUUUUUUUUUUUUUCCUAGCAUUGAUGAUUUUGGGCAGGUUACUUAAGCUUCCUGACUUAAUAACAGGUUUGUUAUGGUUUAUAAAAGAUAAUCUGGGGGAAGUACCUGCCCCAUAGUGAUCAAUCAGGAUAUGAUCAUAAUUAUUGCCAAGAUGAUUAUUUGCCAACAUCUUAAAGAUGAUAGCCAAAUUAUUCAAUGAAUUGAAUAAGUUAAUCUGAGGCUCACAUACUGAUUGGAGUUCUUUUUU